AUGGCGACGAGAAAGACAAGAGAGCAUCCAGGACUUGCGAUCAACCACGGAGCUCCGUUGUUCGUGGUCGACGACCCCGAGUUCACGGGCCUGAUGGAGCGCUAUGUCUCCAAGGGAGUGGUGAAGGAGAGCAGCGCUCAAGUCUACUCGUUGGAUUGGAAGACCAAAGGGAUGGAGCAAGUGAAGAUGGCGAAGAAGUUUGUGGCUCAGCCUGACAUGACUUCUCUCUGUGAGUCCCUGCUUGAAGGUGUACAAGUACAGUACCAGACUCAGGUAUCGGAGAUUUCAAAGAGGGAUGGCGAGUGGGUCUUCUUCGACAAGGAGAAGAAGGAGGUUGGUAGAUUCGAUUGGUGUGUGGUCACCAGUCACACCGUCGGACACAAACGCUGGGAGCAAGUGUUCGGCUCGCCGCCGCCUCUUCAGAAGCUCAGCCAAGAGUUCCCAGCGCUCAACUCGCUGGUGGGAGAGCUGCAGGCUGUGAGAUCAUCGCCGGUCAUGGUGGCGAUGCUCGCCUACCAGGGGGAAGGAGCAGACAUGAUCGACUCUCUUCCGUUUGACGUGCUGGAUGUAUCCCAUCAUGAUGUGAUCUCACGAGUCAUCCGCAACAACGUCGGGGGAUUCUCCUCCCUGGUACUGCACUCCACCCAUGACUUCGCUCGCAAGUACGAGGAGGUCUAUGGGUCGACGAGUGCUGCUGCGAAGCUGUCGGACAGAUGGAGGUCGGAAGAGAACAAGGAAAAAGAGAAGAUUGUCCUCGAGGAGCUAUGCAGGAGCGGAGAGGCGCUGCUCAAGGAACUUGGCUAUGACCUGCCCAAGAAAGCUUCCUUCGGGCCGAUCCUUCAUCGAUGGGGCUCAGCCUUCUGUGCGGGAAGCUUGACUGAGACCUCCAACGAAGAGAUGAAGAUUGCUGUCUGCGGGGACUUCACAAGCGGCAGGCAUGAGCGGCCUUACCGCUGCUCACAAGAUCCUCUCGCGGCUCUGAGGUCUCCCAGGUGCUCGGGAAUCUGCUCGAGACAUCAAGACCCGGAGGCGUCUCGAUCGGUGCAUACCUCGAGGAAGCUGACGAUGGCUUCUGCUGGGGACAUGACGGAGGAGGUGGAGGCAGCGGAGGUGUUGACAGGCGAAGAGAUGUCUUCCUGGUCGAGCCUCUGCUCCACGCACCAAGACAUCAACAGAACGCCUCUCCACCAGGACGAGCUCACCGCAAGGAGAUCCUAG